CAAAUGUCUAAACAAAAACUUUGUGGCUGGUUUUCGCGUCUCGUGAACCAACAGGGGACCCUACUAUAAUACAUACUCAUUUUAGUUCUUUAUACUCAUACAUACCAAACUAAGGAACAAAAUUCAAUAAAUGUUGAGUUCAAUCACACACAUCACCCCAAAAAAAACACAAAAUAGAAGCUUUCUUUUUCUUUUUGAUGAUGAGAAUUUUACUUUUCAUUCACUGCUUCUAGUUUGUGGUUGACUUGUUUUUGCAUGAAUGAAAUAAAUAAGCUUUAACAAGAAUGUAAAAUUAGAAAAUUAAGAUUUAUUAGGUUUAAUACAUUGCAAUAGUAAUAUAAAAAAGCCAGCUCUCUUUUCUUUUCUUGGUCAGAGUAGAGUUGAGUUGUUGAAUAGUGAGAGAGCCUCAAAAUAUGAGGUGGGUUCUAUCAAUACUUGCUAUCAUUCUCACAAUUAGUCAUCUUUCAGAGGCUAAUCAUGUGAGAAAGCUUCCAUCUGCAAUUGUUGUUGGCACUGUCUAUUGUGAUACUUGUUUUCAAGAGGAUUUUGAUAAGAGCAGCCACUUCAUUUCAGGUGCAUCAGUGGCUGUAGAAUGCAAAUAUGGUAAAGCUUCAAAGCCAGUGUUCAGAGAAGAAGUGAAAACAAACAAGCAUGGAGAAUUCAAGGUUCACUUGCCUUUCUCUGUAAGUAAACAUGUCAAGAAAAUUGAAGGGUGUUCAGUGAAACUCAUAAGCAGUAGUGAGCCAUACUGCUCUGUAGCCUCAACAGCAACUUCAUCUUCACUCCAUCUCAAGUCAAGAAAGCAAGGAACACAUAUUUUUUCAGCUGGGUUCUUCACCUUCAAACCACUAAAGCAACCAUUUAUUUGUAAUCAAAAGCCAAGCAUUCAAAACUCCAAGAAACCCUUUACUACUACUAGUAAUGAUCUCAACAAAAAGCCAUCUUUACAUUCAAACAAUCCUGAAUUAUCAUUCCCACCACCACUCAAAGAUCCAGAGACUCCUAAUGUUGGUGGUCUUCCUCCACUUCCUGGAUUCCCUUUCCUCCCACCAUUACCAAAUCUCCCUCCUUUACCACCUUUACCAAAUCUCCCAGGAGUAGUUUCACCUAUAAUUCCAGGACCCCAGAAAAAAGCAGAACCUAAGCCAAUUCAAUCUUCACUAAACACCCAUCAACAACAAACCUAUACUAAAGAAUCAACCCCAGGUUUUUUCUUCCCACCAAAUCCAUUCCAGCCACCACUUAUCCCAAACCCAUUCCAGCCACCUCCACUCAUUCCCAACCCAUUCCAGCCUCCUCCAGCCCCACUCAUCCCAAACCCAUUCCAACCCCCUCCAGCUCCACUCAUUCCAAACCCAUUUCAGCCCCCUCCAACUCCAGCUCCUCUUAUUCCCAACCCAUUCCAGCCCCCACCAGCACCAACUCCAGCUCCACUCUUUCCUAACCCAUUUCAGCCUCCACCAGCACCAACUCCAAGGCCAUUGUUUCCUCCUUUCCCACCAAUAAAUGUACCAGGUUUUACUCCUUCACCACCACCUCCAUCACCACCACCUCCAUUGUUGCCAUUCCCUUUCCCUCCAUUGUUGCCAUUCCCAUUUCCUACACCUCCUAGCCCAAAAAACCCACCUUCUUCUUCCUCUCCUUGAAUGAACUAAAUAUGUAAAACCAUGUAUAAUUUUCCAAUAAGUUUUUUCAUAAUUUUUUUUCUUUUUCUUUUAAUUGUAAAUUUUAGUAAUGGUUUGUCUUAUAAUUGCCCAAGAACAAGUACUAUAGAGUUAAAACUUAAAAGUUUGUAGAAUGAAUGACAUUAUCAAACUUGGAAUACUGCUAUUAUUUAAUUAGAGGCUUGUUUUAUCUUAAUUCUUAAUAAAAAUGAACUGGUUUCCCAUAA